AAAAAAAAAAAAAAAAAAAGUACAUUGACGUAAACAUUUAAUCAGAGCAACCACAACAACAAUAACUAAUAUCCCUACGACAUAUAUAAACUGGCUUCAAGUGCUUAUUAUUAUUAUUAAACACAAAACAAACAAACAAAAACAGACUCUUAUGAUUUAUCAACGCAUUUAUUCUAUUCGUUUUACUACUUCUUUAACGACUAUUCGUCGUCGUGGUUUACACAUGACAAAUAUGACUCGUUCAGAAGGUGCAACUGCUAACUCAAAAGGUUUUAAGGAAAAGGAAACUGCAGUGGAGAAUCAAUGGGCUCGAUCACACGAUGCCGAAUUACUUAAAACUUUAAAAGAAAAAUUGGCUACAAACGAACAAACAACAGAAGAUCUUAAGCGAAAGUUAACAGAAUUACAAUCGAAAAAAUAA